UUUAAUUUUAGAUCGAGAUUGAUACCACCCUAUCAAACGCCCUUUUUCUCAUAAGUCGAUUUUAACUUAGGCCUUCCAGCACUUUUUAAUGAUUCCCGACGACUUCUGUUCAUUUCCCUGGCUUUGAUCCAUAAAUCUGACUUUCUUUAGAGUUCAAGAUCAACUAUACCAACUUAACCCAGAUUUCUUUGUCUAAGGUGCUAAGACAAAGAUUCCAAGUUCGCCUUUCCUCUACAUUAAUUUCCCAAGGUUCCUACUUUCAGUACUCCUACAGUCCUACCUUCAUGGCUGCCUCUCCUGAAGCCGCUGCAGUCCCACCAAAGAUGAAGGCUUGGGUCCAUCCCGAGUACGGAGACCCGGCCGCUGUUCUGAGAUUGGAACCCGGAGUCGAGGUCCCGCGGAUUGAGGAAGAUCAGGUGCUGGUCAAGGUUGCUGCUGCCGCCCUUAAUCCAGUCGAUAUCAAGCGGAUGCAAGGCCUGUUCAAGUCCACCGACUCUCCUCUUCCUAUUGUGCCGGGCUACGACGUCGCAGGAGUGGUGGUGAGAGUGGGAAGCAACGUGAAGAAGCUUAAGAUGGGAGAUGAAGUGUAUGGGAACAUCAACGAGAAGCCUCUAAACCACCCAAAGCAGUUUGGCACUCUAGCCGAGUUCACGGCCGUGGAGGAGAAACUACUGGCUGUUAAGCCAAGCAGCCUCAACUUCGCUGAAGCUGCUAGUAUUCCCUUGGCCAUUGAAACAGCCUAUGAAGGCCUGGAAAGAGCCAAGUUCUCUGGUUCCAAGUCCAUCCUCGUCUUGGGCGGAGCUGGAGGAGUCGGAACUUUUGUCAUCCAGUUAGCCAAAGACGUAUACGGCGCAUCAAGAGUUGCUGCUACUUCUAGCACAGCAAAACUGGAACUGCUGAAGAGCCUAGGAGCUGAUUUUGCCAUAGAUUACACCAAGCAAAACUUCGAGGAUCUCCCCGAAAAAUUUGAUGUUGUCUUUGACACAGUCGGGCAGAGUGAUAGGGCACUGAAGGCUGUGCAAGAGGGCGGCAUCGUCGUAUCCAUAGUCGGGGGUGCGAAACCUCCUGCCUUGCUUUUUGUGGUGACCUCUGACGGAUCUGUUCUGGAGAAAUUGAGUCCCUUCCUAGAAACUAAGAAGGUCAAGCCCGUGAUUGAUCCCAAGUCUCCUUUUCCAUUCUCUCGGGUUUUAGAUGCAUUUUCACAUCUCGCGACCUGUCGGGCUACUGGAAAAAUCGCAAUCUACCCAGUCCCAUAAGGCAUAAAGAAGAGGAGUGGUGCAGCUAUACGUACUAGAUCAGGUGUCGCUUGUUAAUAUAAUUUGAUCUAGUGUUAUAUAUUUAUAUAGGCUGAAUCAAUUAAAAUAAACUCGAUCUGCUCAGUUCAGAUCGGCCGUAUGCUUUUGUAUCUGCUGAAAAUAUUGUUCGAAUAGCGACUAUGUAUAUCACACCGGAUGAUUUUCA